CAGCGAAGCGUUUAAACAGCCGCACAUUCUCCACUGGAGCUCAAAAUGAAGAGGAGCCACAACUACAGCUCGUCAGACAGCGACUUGGACGACAAUGUCGAGGUGGAGAAGGACAGCUGCGACGAAAAUGUACAACUCGAUUCCCCUCAUGGCCCAAUGUCGCCCUCCACAACGACUCAAGUUCAAGCUCGAAAAAGGCGCAGAGGGAUUAUUGAGAAACGGCGACGUGAUCGGAUCAAUAACAGUCUGUCAGAGCUCAGGAGGUUGGUGCCAAGUGCUUUUGAGAAGCAGGGAUCCGCGAAACUGGAAAAGGCGGAAAUAUUACAAAUGACUGUGGACCAUUUAAAGAUGCUUCACGCAUCUGGUGGCAAAGGUUUUUUUGAGGCUCAUGCUCUUGCCAAGGAUUACCGAAGUCUGGGAUUCAGGGAGUGCUUGGCAGAGACUGCCCGCUACCUGAGCAUCAUAGAGGGUCGGGACAGCACAGACCCCCUCCGUAUACGCUUGGUGUCCCAUCUCAGCAACUAUGCCUCUCAAAGAGAGGUUCACGCUGGACUGGAACACUUGGCUUGGGGUUCCGCCUUUGGCACUGGCCCUCACCCGCUCCUUCUACAACACCCUCAAGGCAGGACACCUGCAUCUAGAAGCAGUAGUAGCCCACCGUCCUCAUCCUCCUCUUCUUCAACAUCUUCCUCCUCUUCCAGUGAGGCAUCUGGGACAUCCAGACUCAGUGUGAUCUCCCCUGCAGACUCCCUCAGGGUGCCUCCAAAUGGUUCUCUACCCCUUAGUCUGCCUGUGCCAACAUCAAAACUUUCUUCGCCACCGCUCCUCACCCUCUCUUCACUUUCGGCCUUUCCCUUUUCCUUUGGUGCUUUCCCUCUGGUCUCCCCGACGGUCCUCAACACAGCGGGACCCUCCUCUACACUAUCAAAGCCAUACAGGCCAUGGGGCACUGAGAUAGGUGCCUUCUGAAGCCAAGAACUGGACUGAAAACAACAGCUGAGCUGUGCCCAUCACGACAACCUGGCUGGCCUUCUUUUAUAAAAUUAAAAAUUCAGAACAAAGUUAAUUAAUGGGGUUUUUUUAUGAAGUACAUAAUAAGUGGGAAGUGUUGCUUUGGGCGGUAAAGUCCUCAUAUUGUUUGUUUGCAAAAACAAAAUCUAAAAAAAGAAAAAAAAAAACCUAUAAGUGAAAUUCAAAUGUCUAAAAUCUCUUACUUUUACAUCUUUUCAAAACGCAACUCUUGAAAUUGAACUGUUCAAAUUAUUUUAUGUUAGUGCGUAAAACUAAUUGCUAAUUUAGCUAACAGCCACUGUUUCCAGAGUGAGAACUGAUGACUUAUUUAAGCACAAAUUUAGAGGUAAUAUUUUGUAGACCAGAGACUGUAACUUGUACAUUUGACCUUCACAGAUGUCUCCUUGUAAUGUAACCCAGUUACUUUUUAACUCAGUCUGUUACUUUAGGUGUAUCAGAACCACACGUGCCAUCAUUGGAAAGCUAACAACUUGACUGUUGCAUUCAAUUAUCUAUUUCUAAUCAUUUUUGUACCCAUGAAUGAAGUUUUAAAAGAAUAAAAUAUAGAUUUACACCUUC